AUGGACGAAUUAGUAAUGGUGCCAGGUGGACGAGGUGAAUUCGAGGACUGGGUGAACGCGAGCUCGGCGAGCGAACAUUGGACAUAUAGCUAUGGCGAUUACGAGUGCUAUAAAAAAAUGCUUGGGAAUGAGAACUUUCGUUUCAUGGUCGCGAAAACAAAAUCAGGCGAAUAUGCUGGCUCCUGUACAUGCUUCAUCUUCCCCGAUUACGCUUUCGUCGCUGCAUACUACGUGCGACCAGAAUUCCGAGGCCGUGGAAUUGGUUCGCGGCUAUUCAACUUGGCAGUUAGCAACAAAGUGAAAGAAGGUAACGUUGGCCUGCAUGGGGGUGAGUUCUUAUUUUAUCGAUACUUUAUCUCUUCCUGCAACGAGUUUUGA